ACCACCACACCACACUAUACCACUAUACCAUACCAUACCACACCACACCACACCACACCACCAGAUAUAACCACAUACCACCACACCUCAUUACCACCACCACCACCACCACACACCAUACCAUACUAAACUACACCACACCACCACACUACGUUAUCCUUGGCGCCCCGACCUGCCCCGCCCUGCCGAUCCCUGUCAAGCCCUUCCGACCCCCAGCCCGCCCUGCCACAGCUAAGAUUUUAAGAUAUGUAAGAAAACAUCCAAUGCGGCUGCGGCUCCCCGUCAGCUCACUCAGCUGCCACUGCCAGUUCCUGCCACAACAACAACAUGACGGACCUCAGCCAGCAACUUCUCCUCGCCCUGGCCCAGGAUGGCUGCCUCGCCUCGCACCAGUUCGCCACCAAGAUCGGCCAGGAUCACCAGAGGAUCGUGGGCACCAUCAAGUCCCUGGAGUCACUGGGCAACGUUGUGGACGUCAAGCAGAUGACAGUUAAAUCAUGGGAAUGCACUGAGGAGGGCACCUGCCUGGCCAACGAAGGCUCCCAUGAGGCAAGACUGUUUUCCUCCUUGGGUAAGGAGGGCCGCCUGCUGGCAGACAUCAAGGCCAAUAUUCCAAAUUCAAACAUUGCCCUUGGAGCAGCAAUGAAGAAUAAGUGGGUGAAGAAGGAAGGAGAGAAGGUUGUUCCAAUAGUGUCUUCCAUCAGUGAUGAGGUACAGCUCCACCUCCAAGCGGUGGCUCAAGGGGAAGCACACACUGUGCCAGACAAAAUCAAGGCUGAUUACAAAAAGAGGAAGCUUAUUAAGGAGAUUGAAAGGACUGUUUUUGAAGUAAGCAAAGGAAGUGAGUUUACUACUUCAGUUGUGAAGCAAGAAGCAGAGUUGACGAAAGAUAUGAUUGAGAGUGGACAGUGGAAGAAUGCAAAUUUCAAGCCUUAUAACUUCAAAUCCAAAGGUCGAGUGGAACUGCGGUCUGGCCAUCUCCAUCCACUGAUGCAGCUUCGUUCAGAGUUCCGGCGGAUCUUCCUGGAGAUGGGCUUCACAGAGAUGCCCACCAACAGCUAUGUCGAGAGUGCCUUCUGGAACUUUGAUGCCCUGUUCCAACCACAACAGCACCCUGCCCGUGAUGCCCAGGACACCUUUUACGUAGCAGACCCAGCAACUUGCCUAGAGGUGCCUGAAGACUACUUGGAGAGGGUGAGGAAAACCCAUAGUGAGGGUGGGUAUGGUUCCAUUGGCUACCAGUGCAAGUGGAACAGAGCAGAAGCAGACAAAAACCUGCUGCGAACCCACACCACUGCUGUUAGUGCUCGCAUGCUGUAUAAAUUGGCGCAGGAUGGGUUCAAGCCAGCUAAGUACUUCUCCAUCGACCGUGUGUACCGCAAUGAAACACUGGAUGCCACUCACUUGGCAGAGUUCUACCAGGUGGAGGGAGUUGUGGCUGACCAUAACUUCAGCAUCAAGAACUUAAUGGGUGUCAUUGGGAGCUUCUUCAAGAAGAUUGGUAUGACAAGUGUUCGCUUCAAGCCCACCUAUAAUCCCUACACAGAGCCUUCAAUGGAAAUAUACAGCUAUCAUAAAGGACUCAAGAAAUGGGUUGAAGUUGGCAAUUCAGGCCUUUUCCGCCCAGAAAUGCUUCGACCAAUGGGGCUGCCUGAAAGUGUCAAGGUGUGCGGCUAUGGGCUGUCUCUAGAAAGGCCAGCCAUGAUCAUGUACGGCAUCAACAGCAUCAGGGAACUUGUGGGUCCUCGGGUCAAGAUGGAGCUGAUCCUUGAUAACCCAGUCUGCACCAUUGACAAGUUUAGUGGAGAGGCUGGCAGAGAUCGGUAUGGAGUUCCUUCAGUAAACGCUCUGAGCAAGCGACAGGAGCUAAUUUUAGAAAAGUUGUCAGCCCUGCAAGCCAAGGUUGCCAGCAUUGCCUCAAAAAUGGGUGUCACUUUGGAAGGUUCUAUCCAUGCUGUCACCACACAACUCACAGGUGGACCUCAGCCUGGGACCCUUCAUGAUGUGGUGGUGUAUGCAGACCCACGCAGGCCUCCCUACAGCCUUCGGGCGCUGGCAACUGCUCUUUCUGUCCAGUUCCCAAUGUGUCUCAAAGUUCAUUGCCACUCCUCCGUGAAGGAGAUGUCUGAGAAACUACAGCAGUUCUGGGGACCAGGAGUUGGUGUUGAGCGUAGUCAGAGUCAGGUCUGCAUCACCCUAGUGUGGAGGCAAGUGGGUGAUUCCCCGGCUGCUCUUCUUCCCACACUCUCUGUAGCACCUUUGGCUGCCACUCAGGUAGCUGGGGAGCACAACAUUGUGCGAUACUUGGCCAGACUGAUGGAGGCAAGCAAUGGAACCAGCUCUCUCCAUCUUUAUGAGGGAGGCUCCAUAAACCAAGCUACAUCCACACUAGUGGACUACUUUUUGGAUCAAUGUCAUGCAAAGUUGGUCUUGGGCAGUAACAAGGAGCGGACGGCGUACUUGCGGGAGAUGGACAAGGGGCUGGGAUUGGGAACACAACAAUUCCUCGCUGGAGUCACUCUUACUUUGGCGGACCUCCUGCUUCUGUCAUGCCUGUUGCAGCUGCGUCUGUUAGAAUCAGCGCCUCCUAAAGUGCAGCAGUGGAGUAAACUCUGCUUAGCACACCAGUUAUGUAAAAACUUUAUUUAAGUGUCUCUUACAAAUUGUUAAGGGCAGUUAUCUGUGAUGAUACUUAUCAUGACUAUUUUGUAUAAACUAUAUGUAGCCAGACUGUGAUCCCAUGACAUACGCUGCAAAAUAUGAAAAUCACGUCAUUUAAAAGUGGUAUUUCGCUGUAGUAACAUUUACCCUAGUUUAUUAUCACAUUCAAAUGGUUUGUCAUCUCUAAAUUGUAUAAUGUCACGAUAGCGUUCUAUGAUUGAAUACCUCACUAGCUAAUGCAUUGUGUACUGUAUUACGAACUCUUAACUCAGUGUCACAAAAUUGGUCAGUGAACAUGUAAAUACUUGGUCACAAUUACUGCUUCCAAGGCAGUGAGUGGGACUGAAGUGAAGGUCAUUGAUCAGUCUAUACUAUAGAAAUUGAGUAAUGGUAGCUACGGCCGAGUUAUACUGGUGCGUGUCAAGUACUGUAUCAAUUUGUUUAAAUUUCCUUCAGCAGUAUAUUUCGUUUGCAAAUUCUUAGAGCCAAAGUAAAUAUGAUGACAGAAUAUUUGACUUGUCAGUGGGUCACGGCAAGGAUUGUGAACAGUGUUGGUGUUGAAGCUCUCGCGCUCUUGUUACACCACAUCCUCCUUACUGUGUGGUCUUCAUUAUUUAUUCAUUUUUAUUUUUAAUUUUUUUAUUUUUUUUAUUUUCCAGGUGUAGAAACUAUUUUAUUUCUUUUUUAUCAUGAAAAUCAAUGUCCAUGCACCUAAGUAACACAAAAUAUUAAAUGGUUUAUAUCGAAAUAAAGUGCUGCUCAAUUAUACUAAA